CGUGAGUGUGACUUUGACUCUUUGACAGUCAAACUUCGUCUCCAAGUUUUCUCUCUCUGUUUUGUAGUAGUUUCUGAUUGGCGCACCUUUCCCUCCUCUCCCUUUAAAGGCCGUUUAUCUAAUUUCCUUUCCCCAAACCCGUCACACACGAAACCACACUCCAAGCCCAGAAGCUGAAGGGUCUCUCUCUCUCUCUCUCUGGAAGGCAUUGCCUCUGUAUAGAUGAUACACAUGGAAACUGGAGGAUCCCCUGCUGUUGCAAUGAAGAACACAACCCUUGCACCUAAAUCUAUUAUUAUCCAAAAGUUUGGCAACAAGGCCAACUUUGAGGUAGAGGAAGUACAACCUGCUGAAAAUGGAUGCCCGGGAUUGGCCAUCUCACAGAAAGGGCCCUGCCUUUACCGCUGCAUCUUGCAACUACCAGGGAUUGCUGUUAUGUCAGAAACCUUUAAGAAAAAGAAGGAUGCUGAGCAAUCUGCUGCUGAGAUGGCUAUAGAGAAGCUAGGCAUCCAAAUUUCAACGAAUAGGCCCACUCUGCAGGAAGCAUGGGAUAAAUUAGUUGAUCGUGUCACGGAUUUAUUUUCAAAUGAGUUCCUCUCAUCUCUUCAUCCCCUAAGUGGUCACUUUAGAGCAGUUCUGCAGAGAGAAGGUGAUCUUUGUGGUUUGAUUCCUGUUCCUGUCAUGGCUAUCUGUGAUUCAAAGCUUAGCAAUCUCUGUAAAUCCAUUAAUCCAAAGGUGGAGUCAAAUCCAUUCUUGGUUGUACCCUUGAUUAUGACGGCCGCUGCAAGAUCAUCUGGCGUUGUUGCUUCUUCUGAAGGGCAGCUUUGGAUUCGGAGGCAAAAUCCAUACCCUCCUGAGAUUAUGGAGUCAUCAGUUAGCCAAAUAUCUGGCUCCCCACGGAGCACUUUUAUUGAAGUCAUACGUAUUCCAUGUUCGUUGGAGAAGACUGUUGAACCUGUGACUCUAGAUGUUUCUUCAACUGGCUACUACAUGGAUGUUAUUGCCAGAAAACUUGGUUUAAUAGAUGCUUCUAGUGUUCUAGUCUCCAGGGCUGUUGGUAAAGCUUCUUCUGAGACGAGAGUGUACUUCGCUGCCCACCAGUCAUAUUUUUUGGAUACGUCAUCAGAUCCUCUUAAUGUAAAGGAAGCGCUUCAUUUUGAAGGAUCCUUAAAUGCAAUGGCAAGUUAUUUGGGUGGUCAAGAUAUAUAUGGUGAUGCAAUUUUGGCAUCAAUUGGAUAUAAGUGGAAUUCCAAAGACCUUUUCUAUGAAGACGUAUCCUUGCAAUUAUAUUACAGGAUGCUCAUUAGUAAGAUACCAAGUGGACUUUACAAGUUGUCUAGAGAGGCGGUACUAACAGCAGAGUUGCCUUCGGCAUUUACUACAAGAGCAAACUGGAGGGGUUCUUUCCCUAGAGAGAUCCUGUGUAUGUUUUGUCGUCAGCAUAGGCUAUCUGAGCCUGUCUUCUCUAUUGUAAGUACUCCUUUGAAAGGACUGUCUGAGUCACCAAAGUCGCACACGAAGUUGCAAGGUAAAGAUUCAACUGAAGAGGAGAUAGAACAUGCAACUGGAGGUGCUAUUGCUACUGGUGCUAGCGAAUCAGCUGAAUCAGCUGUUGCCUAUCAAUGUGAAGUAAAAAUCGUUUCCAAGUGUCAGGAUUGGAUUAUAGAGUGUUUCCCUAAAAAUUCUUUUAAGAAGCAAAACGAUUCCAUCCAGAAUACUUCUUUGAAAGUUCUUUCGUGGUUAAAUGUAUAUUUCAGGGACAUAGAUAUGCCUUUAGAGAAGCUAAACAGCACUGCCAAUAUCCUCAACAUUCGGAUUUGUCAUGAAAACUUUUUUAAGGAGUUUGCGUCGUGUCGAUCAAUUCAUAAUGUUUACCACAGUGAGACUCAAGGCGUGAAAUUUCUAGAACCAAAUAGUAUGAGUAUGCUAAAUACAAUGCCAGGACAAGGGGUUUUCUCUUUAAACAUUGAAGGUCCAGAUUCUGGUGUCUGCCCAUCCAAUGGGUCCUUGUUAUUCAUUAGUUAUUCUGUAUCUCUGGUGACAGAAGAUGAACAUAUGAAAGAAAUUCUGGAAAGUAGUGAUGAAUUUGAAUUUGAGAUAGGGGUUGGAGCAGUGAUUCCUCAUCUUGAAGCAGUUGUGACACGGCUAUCCGUUGGUCAGUCUGCUUGUUUCAAAACAGAUUUGGCCCCUAAAGAGUUUAUUUUAGCUGCUGCAGUUGAUUCUGCAAGGAAUUUUUCAUUGUUAUCUUCAGAAUCCUGCUGUUUGGAGUAUUCUAUAACUUUGUUGCGAGUUACAGAACCUCUAGAGGACAGAAUGGAGCAGGCUCUUUUUAGCCCUCCGCUUUCGAAGCAACGUGUGGAAUAUGCAGUGCAACACAUCAGAGAAUCUCAUGCUACUACUUUGGUUGACUUUGGAUGUGGUUCUGGAAGUUUAUUGGAUGCUUUAUUGAAUCAUUCGACUUCUCUAGAAAAAAUUGUUGGUAUUGAUAUUUCAACAAAGAGUCUAAGCCGUGCUGCAAAGAUACUUCAUUCAAAACUAAGCAAGAAUACCGACAUCAAAUCUGCAAUUCUUUAUGAUGGUUCCAUAACAAAAUUUGAUUCCCGAUUAUGUGAAUUUGAUAUUGGUACUUGCUUAGAGGUUAUCGAGCAUAUGGAGGAAGAUCAGGCAUACCUGUUUGGGGACGUGGCAUUGAGUUCAUUUCUUCCGAAGAUUCUUAUUGUUUCGACCCCAAACUACGAAUACAAUGUGAUACUCCAAAAGGCUAAUCUACCAAGCCAAGAAGAUGACCCAGAUGAUAAAACCCAGUCACAAUCUUGUAAAUUUCGCAACCAUGACCACAAAUUUGAGUGGACUAGAGAGCAAUUCAAGUGCUGGGCAACCGAAUUAGCUGCAAAGCACAAUUACAGUGUCGAGUUCAGUGGGGUUGGUGGAUCUGCUGACUUGGAACCAGGGUUUGCUUCACAGAUUGCUGUCUUCAGAAGAAUGUCCCUGCCUCAGGGAGAAGAUCAUCCAAAAGAUGUUGAUUCAGCAGAUCAUUGCAAUGUUAUAUGGGAGUGGAAUAGGUUAACAUCUUCUAGUUGACAAAUUAACAUCUUCUGGUUGGUCCUUUUAGAGUGCGUCAACUGACGUUUUACUUUUGAUUUUGUUAGAGCUUUAGCCUAGGUAGAACAGUAUCUGAUUUUAAGCAUGGAAAAAUUACUGGAUCUGAUAGAUAAUACAUGUGUAGCAUGCAUGCAUAUGUAGUUACAAAGUCAUGCAAUUUGUCAUCCUUGUUUAA